AUGCCGGCAUACCACUCCAUCUUCCUGGGCGACCAGGGCGUGCAGUUAAUAGGCAACUUCCCCCUUCUCCCCUUGCGCACCAAAACCCGCGGCCCAGCGUACACUCUCCCUGCGCUCCCACCCGGUACCAACCCGCUCGAUGUCGACCCCGACUCGGAAUCCUACGACUGUCUAGAUGAAAUCCUCUCCCUCUUCCGCGCCAAUACUUUCUUCCGCAACUUUGAGAUCAAAGGCCCCGCAGACCGCAUGCUCAUCUACGGCAUAUUAUUCCUCAGUGACUGCCUGACGAAAGUCAAACCGAACAUGGACAGUAGAGCGGCGGAGAAGGCGCUUAUCAACGGGGCGUUGGAGCAGUUCAGUAUCCCUGGGGAACCGGGGUUUCCUCUCAAUCAGGCAUAUGAGCCGCCGAGGGACCGGAAUGAGGCGGAGCAAAUGAGGAGCUAUUUGAGCCAGGUGAGGCAGGAGUUGGCGAUUCGGUUGCAGCAACGGCUGUAUGCGGAUGGCGGGAAUGUGCCGAGCAAGUGGUGGUUGAGUUUCACGAAGAGGAAAUUCAUGGGGAAGAGUUUAUAG